AUGAGAUUUACAUUCGUCCUUUUGGUUGCCUUAGUUUUAUUAUCAACCAUGACCACUGUUAAUGCUACUACAUAUGUUAAACGUCCUGUUUCUCUACAUGGUAUUGGUGCCUAUAAGGUCUAAUGUUCCAUGACUGAUCCUUCUUGCGCUUGUUGGGACUGCUAUAAAUAUGAUUAAUAUUAUCUUAUACAUAUCUGUUUAUGA